GCUAGACAUUACGACAAGGGGGAUGACUUCUAACAUUCAACAAGCACUUCUUUGGAAGUCUCACACAAUACUUCAUGGUCUCUCUCCAGAGGGCCUAUUCAUCAGGCUCAAGAAAUGGAACUUUUUGACAGAUCCAAGCAGAUCCCUAAACCGGAUAUCAUAUUGCCCAGUGGCUGCGUUUGAUCCAUUUGUGUUAGGGGGACCGGAUCCCAAUACUCGCUGUGCCAAACAUUGCUCCAACCCAGGGAUCCGGUCCCCCAGCAGAAACGGAGUAAUAUUGUGCACGCUGUCAGGAGGAUUACCGUGAUUUAUACAUCGGAGAAACCAAACAACCUCUGGCUAAGCAGAUGGCACAACACAGAAGACCUACCUCCUCAGGCCAGGACUUUGCAAUCUAUUCACACCAACGAUUCACACCUCUUAUAUACUGUUGGGGUUGGGGAAACCUGCAGUCAGCUGAGACUGAAGAAGUCCCUUGGAUGCGUGACAAGACGUUUUUCCCAUUGAAAACGUCACGUCCAAAUGAACAGCAUCAACUUUUUGGAGUGAGUCAAUUUUUGCGUCCAGAAAACAAGGAGGGAGAUCAAGAGUGAUCAGAUGAUGAGUACAUCAUGCUUUCUUUGUUUUCAAGACGCUAAUUCGAGGCACUCAUGAGCAGAAGGCCUGUCACAAGUCAAGACUUAAAGGUCAAGUCAUGACUUUACGUGGAUUCAAGCAAAGUCAGUAUUUCAUUACCCAUCACCUCACUGGGUUGAUUUAUCAUUGCAGAUGUGUUUCAAGACAUGUCCCCUGUGUCAGUGUGGCUAUUUGGGGAGCAUGUUCAUCACAAUAAUCUUACUGAGACUGGCUGGAAAAAGGGAAGAGGCAAAAUGAUCUUAAGCCAGAAUACUUCAGCAUCUUAUCCAGCAGAAUGACUUCUCAGACCGUCCUCCUGUGCGUCCUGGCGCUCGCGUCUUUCUUCAGCUCUGCUUUGUGCUCUCCUAUGUGCAACAACCACUGCUGCCGUUUCGUGGAGGGCUUCCCCGUCAGGCUCAAGAAGCUCAGACAGGACUAUUCACGGAUCAGAGAUUUCUACGAAGCAAACGACGACUUAGACUCAGCGCUGCUAGAUCAGUCCGUCGAAGACUCCUUUAAGAGCCCGUUUGCCUGUUACGCCAUGAACAGCUUACUGGAAUUUUACCUGGACACGGUUCUGCCGACAGCCAUGGCCGGAGUGACUGAAGAGAUCAAGGACUUAAAGCCUCACGUGGAGUCCAUACAAGAAAUUUUCAAUACCCUGAAGAGAGAUGUCACCCAGUGUAGGAAAUACUUCUCCUGCAAAAAACAGUUCGACAUCAACAAUCUGAACUCUACUUACACUCAGAUGGAGAGCAGAGGUCUAUACAAGGCCAUGGGAGAGCUGGACAUAUUGUUUAACUACUUUGAGACGUACCUGGCUUCUAAACGACACAGACAAUAACCUCUGCUCGAAGACCUGCUGACCCAAAUCAAGAUAUGAAGCUCAUCUCUGGGAGAAAAAGAACUUUUACAAGCAUUGACAGAUGUGAAUUUUUUGUAUGGGACUUACUGAACUGUUGUCUUUAUUUUUUAUGAGACGUUAUAACUAAUUUGUCCUAUGGACAAGUUUCUGUUAGGAUCCUUUUGAAUCAUUAUCAUUUUGUUUAAAAAAGGACACUUUGUUAUAAUAAUAUUACAUUUGUUAUAAUUAUUUAUAAAGAUGUGUCAUUCUGUGUUUUUUAUAUUUAUUGUGCCUUCUGUUAAA